GACCGAAUUUCUCCGGUCGCCACAGGCUACAGCAGCGGCACGGUUUCAUUUGCGCUCCCAGGGCUCGGUGCGCUCAGCCCGAUUCGACUCACACAGACCCGGAACAGCAGCAGCAGCAGAACCGCACUCGGACACUACAACCACGACCUCAGCCGGGCACUUGUUGUCCAUUCUGCGACCCUCCCCCGGUUUGGGACCAUGUUUGAGGAGUCCUGGAGCAGAUCGAUGUGGCGCGCCACAUGGAUUUUAUUUUUUUCCUUACUCAUCCACUCCACGCAAGCUCAAGAUGACGUGCCUCCCUACUUCAAGACAGAGCCAGUUCGUAGCCAGCUCCACCUGGAACGCAACAGGCUGGUGCUGACCUGCAUGGCGGAGGGAAGCUGGCCGCUGGAGUUUAAAUGGAUCCACAACAGCACGGAGUUAACGCGCUUUUCACUGGAGUACAGGUACCUAAUCCCUUCGUUGGACCGCUCCCACGCAGGCUUCUACCGCUGCAUCGUGAGGAACCGAGUCGGAGCCCUUCUGCAGAGGCGCACCGAAGUACAAGUGGCCUUUAUGGGCAGUUUCGAAGAGGGCGAACGUUCCCAGUCGGUCUCUCAGGGAGAAGGCGCCGUCGUUCCAGCGCCACGGAUUCGAAGUUUCCCUCAACCGCAAGUUACCUGGUUUAGGGACGGACGCAAGAUUCCGCCCAGCAGCCGCAUCGCCAUCACCUUGGACAACACCUUGGUCAUCUUAUCUACGGUGGCCCCGGACGCCGGACGCUACUACGUGCAGGCGGUGAACGACAAGAACGGCGAGAACAAGACCAGCCAGCCCAUCACGUUGUCAGUGGAGAAUGUUGGAGGUCCAGCGGAUCCCAUCGCCCCCACCAUCAUCAUCCCUCCCAGGAACACCAGCGUGGUCACCGGCACCUCGGAGGUGACGAUGGAGUGCGUCGCCAACGCCAGGCCUCUUAUCAAGCUCAGCAUCUCGUGGAGGAAGAACGGCGUGUUGGUGAGCAGCGGUUUGAGCGACUUCAACCGCAGACUGACCAUCCUCAGCCCCGUGGUGAGCGACGCCGGAUACUACGAGUGCGAGGCCAUCCUCCGCAGCAGCAGCGUGCCGUCGGUCAGCGCCGGGGCUUAUCUGCACGUACUUGAGCCACCACAGUUCAUCAAGGAACCGGAGAAGCACAUCACCGCUGAGAUGGAGAAGGUGGUGGAUAUUCCCUGUCAGGCACGAGGAGUGCCCCAGCCGGACAUCGUGUGGUACAAGGACGCCUUGCCCAUCGACCCGGUGAAGACGCCCAGGUACAGGGUGCUGGUGGGAGGCAGCCUGCAGGUUAACGGCCUGCUGCCCGACGACACCGGCAUGUUCCAGUGCUUCGCCAGGAAUAUGGCGGGAGAAGUCCAGACCAACACGUACCUGGCGGUUACCAGCAUCGCCCCCAACAUCACGGCGGGGCCCUCCGACAGCACCGUGAUCGACGGGAUGUCCGUCAUCCUGCACUGCGAGACCUCGGGAGCUCCGAGACCGGCUAUCACCUGGCAGAAAGGCGAGCGCGUGCUGGCCAGCGGUUCGGUCCAGCUGCCCAGGUUCACCCUCCUCGAGUCGGGCAGCUUGCUAAUCUCGCCCUCGCACAUCUCCGACGCCGGGACCUACACGUGUAUGGCGAGCAACUCCCGGGGCAUCGACGAGGCGUCCGCCGACCUUGUUGUCUGGGCUCGCACCCGGAUCACCACGCCCCCGCAGGACCAGAGCGUCAUCAAAGGAACUAAAGCCAUCAUGACAUGCGGAGUCACUCAUGACCCCAGCGUUACCGUCAGGCACGUCUGGGAAAAAGAGGGCUCGGUCAUCAACGUCCAGUCCAUCCCACGCAUGCGGCUGGACGCCGACGGCACCCUCCACAUCUCCCAGACGUGGUCGGGAGACAUCGCCACCUACACCUGCAGAGUCACCUCGGUCGGAGGCAACGACUCCCGCAGCGCUCACCUCCGCGUCAGGCAGCUGCCCCAUGCCCCAGAGAACCCUACAGCCUUGCUGAGCAAAUCUGAAAAAAGAGCCAUCGACCUGGCCUGGGCCAAACCUUUUGAUGGCAACAGUCCACUCAUACGCUACAUCCUGGAGGUUUCUGAGAACAAUGCUCCCUGGGCCAUCCUGCUGGCCAAUAUUGAGCCGGAGUCCACAGCGGUGACGGUCAACGGCUUGAUCCCGGCUCGCUCCUAUCAGUUCCGCCUCUGUGCCGUUAAUGAUGUGGGGAAAGGGCAGUUCAGUAAGGAGACCGACCGUGUCUCUCUGCCAGAGGAGCCGCCCAGCGCUCCUCCUCAGAACGUCAUCGCCAGCGGUCGGACCAACCAGUCCAUCAUGAUCCAGUGGCAGCCGCCGCAGGAGAGCCACCAGAACGGCAUCCUCAGGGGCUACACCGUCCGGUACCGUCUCACCGGGCUGCCUGUCGACUACCAAAUCAAGAACAUUUCCAGCCCUGACGUGACCAACCUGCUGCUGGAAGACCUCAUCAUCUGGACCAACUAUGAGAUCGAGGUGGCUGCUUACAACGGGGCCGGUUUGGGAACCUUCAGCCAUAAAGUCACCGAGUGGACUCUUCAGGGAGUGCCGACCAUCGCUCCGGGUAACGUGCAGGCCGAGGCGGUCAACUCGACGACGAUUCGUUUUACGUGGACAGCUCCCAACCCUCAGUUCAUCAACGGCAUCAACCAGGGCUACAAGUUGCUGGCCUGGGAACCUGGCAAAGACGAAGAAGUUGCUAUGGUAACAGUGCGACCGAACUUCCAGGACAGUGUCCAUGUGGGAUAUGUGACAGGUCUGAAGAAGUUCACUGAGUAUUACACCUCUGUGCUGUGCUUCACUACACCCGGAGACGGCCCCCGCAGCCCGCCUCGAGCAUUAAGGACACAUGAGGACACGCCCGGUGCCGUGGGUCACCUGAGUUUCACAGAGAUCCUGGACACCUCGCUCAAAGUCAGCUGGAGCGAGCCCAGCGAGAAGAACGGCGUCCUCACAGGUUACCGCAUAUCGUGGGAGGAGUACAACCGGACCAACACCAGAGUCACCCACUACAUGCCGAAUGUCACCUUAGAGUACAGGGUCACCGGACUCACCGCCCUCACCACCUACACCAUUGAAGUGGCGGGAAUGACCUCCAAGGGCCAGGGCCAGCUCUCUUCAUCCACAAUUUCCUCUGGCGUCCCACCAGAGCUGCCCGGUCCUCCUACCAACAUGGCAAUCUCCAACAUCGGCCCACGCUCCGUCACCCUGCAGUUUAAACCUGGAUAUGAUGGCAAAACUUCCAUUUCCCGUUGGCUGGUGGAGGCCCAGGUGGGCGUGGUGGGAGAAAACGAGGACUGGGUGAUGGUCCACCAGGUGUCCAACGAACCCGAGGCUCGAUCCUUAGAGGUGCCCGGUCUCAACCCGUACACCUUUUACAGGUUCCGCAUGCGUCAGGUGAACAUCGUGGGCACCAGUCCUCCCAGUCAGCCCUCCAGGAAGAUCCAGACCCUCCCGGCUCCUCCUGACAUGGCCCCGGCCAACGUCACCCUGCGCACCGCCAGCGAGACCAGCCUCUGGCUACGAUGGAUGCCUCUGCCUGAGUGGGAGUACAACGGGAAUGCAGAGCAGGUGGGCUACAGGGUCCAGUACUCCCGCGCAGGCUCGCAGGGCCGAGCGCUGAUCCACGUUAUCGCCGACCGCCUGGAGAGAGAGUUUACUAUCGAGGACCUGGAGGAGUGGACCGAGUACGAGGUCAGGGUCCAGGCUGUCAACGGCAUCGGGAUCGGACCCUGGAGCCAGCCGGUCAGAGGCAGGACCAGGGAGUCUGUCCCCUCCAGUGGACCCACCAACGUGUCCGCCUUCGCCACCACCUCCAGCAGCAUCCUGGUGCGCUGGUUUGAAGUCCCAGAGCCGGACAGGAACGGUCUCAUUCUGGGCUACAAGGUGGUGUAUAAAGAGAAGGACUCUGACAGCGCCGUUCACUUCUGGAUGGUGGAGGGAAACGCCACCCACAGCGUCCAGCUGACCGGUUUGGGGAAAUAUGUGCUGUACGAGAUCCAGGUUCUGGCCUUCACCAGGAUCGGAGAUGGACGGCCAAGUUCUCCGCCCAUCCUGGAGAGGACUUUGGAUGAUGUUCCAGGACCUCCGGUGGGCAUCCUGUUCCCUGAAGUGCGAACCACCUCAGUGCGACUCAUCUGGCAGUCGCCCGCCCAGCCCAACGGCAUCAUCCUCGCCUACCAGAUCACGUACCACCUCAACUCCACCAACAGCAACACGGCCACGGUGGACGUGCUGAACCCCAGCGCUCGCCAGUACACCGUCACCGGCCUCAAGCCGGAGUCCGUCUACGUGUUUCGCAUCACGGCGCAGACGAGGAAGGGCUGGGGCGAAGCGGCCGAGGCGCUGGUGGUAACCACGGAGAAGAGAGCUCGUCCCCAGCCCACCAGCCGUCCCAUGGUCCCUCAGAAAGACGUCCACGCCCGCCAGGUGUUGCUGUCGUGGGAGCCGGGCAGCGACGGCCUGUCCCCGGUGCGCUACUACACGGUGCAGCAGAGAGAGCUUCCGGAGAGCAACUGGACUGUCCACUCUGCGUCGGUCAACCACGAGGCGUCCUCCUACAUCGUGUCAAGGCUGAAGCCCUUCACGUCGUACCAGUUCAGAGUAAAGGCCACCAAUGACAUCGGGGACAGUGAGUACAGUGAGGAGAGCGAAGCGAUCACGACUCUGCAGGACGCGCCCGACGAAGCGCCCACAAUCCUCUCCGUCACGCCGCACACCACGACGUCGGUGCUGAUCCGCUGGCAGCCCCCCUCUGAGGAGAAAAUCAAUGGAAUCUUACUGGGCUUUCGGAUCCGAUACCGCGAGCUGCUGUACGACCGUCUCCGCAGUUACAUCCAUACGGUCAGCAGUGCGUCCACCUGGGCCGAGCUCACCGCCCCCUACAGCAUCCGAAACCUGAGCGACGCGACGCUCGCGCAGUACGAGUUGGACAAGCUCAGUAAACACAAGCGCUACGAGAUCCGCAUGAGUGUGUACAACGCUGUGGGCGAGGGUCCAACCAGCCCGCCACAGGAGGUGUUCGUCGGAGAAGCAGUGCCUACAGCCCCUCCUCAGAAUGUGGCCAUUCAGUCUGCAACAGCCACCCAGCUGGACGUGACCUGGGAGCCUCCACCUGUGGAUGCACAGAACGGAGACAUCCAGGGAUACAAGAUUUACUUUUGGGAGUUCCAGCGUAAGAAUGAGACGGAGCGGCUGCGGACUCUGUUCAUGCCUGAAGGAGGGGUGAAGCUCAAGAACCUGACCGGUUACACCACCUAUAUGAUCAGUGUCGCCCCCUUCAAUGCCGCCGGGGACGGACCCCGGAGCUCCCCGACGAGGGGACGCACUCAGCAAGCAGCUCCCAGUGCUCCCAGCUUCAUUCACUUCAGCGAGCUGACCACCACCUCGGUCAACGUGUCCUGGGGCGAGCCCACCUUCCCCAACGGCAUCAUUGAAGGCUACCGUCUGGUCUACGAGCCCUGCACACCUGUCGAUGAGUCUUCAGUGGCCUGUGCCGACUGUCUUCACUCCCCCUCCCCCCCAGGCGUCAGUAAGACAGUCACGGUGGACGUGAAGGGGAGCGGCCCCCUCUGGCUCAAGCUCAAAGAUCUGGCAGAUGGCGUCACGUACAACUUUCGCAUCCGGGCCAAAACUUUCAUCUACGGCCCCGAGGUGGAAGCCAACAUCACCACCGGACCGGGGGAAGGAGCCCCCGGACCCCCCGGAGAGCCCUUCAUAACGCGCUACAGUUCGGCCCUGACCAUCCACUGGACGAGCGGGGACCCGGGUCGCGCCCCCAUAACGCGCUACGUCAUCGAGGCCAGACCCUCAGACGAGGGUUUGUGGGAUAUCUUAAUCAAGGACAUUCCCAAGGAUGCAACGUCGCACACCUUCAACAUGGACAUACUGAAGCAGGGGGUCAGUUAUGACUUCCGGGUAAUUGGAGUGAACGACUACGGCUAUGGCUCUCCGAGUCUACCUUCUCCCUCUAUAUCCGCCCAAAAAGUGGCUCCCUUCUACGAGGAGUGGUGGUUCCUGGUCGUGGUGGCUCUGGUGGGGCUCAUCUUCAUCCUGCUGCUGGUUUUCAUCCUCAUUAUCAGGGGACAGAGCAAGAAAUAUGCAAAAAAGUCCGAAUCAGGUAACAACUCCAACUGCAACGCUCUGACCCACGGCGACAUGGUCAGCCUGGACGAAGGCCGCUUCCCCGCUCUGGAGCUCAACAACCGACGGCUGUCUGUGAAAAACUCUUUCUGCCGGAAGAACGGCGUCUACACCAGGUCCCCUCCCAGGCCCAGUCCAGGCAGCCUUCACUACUCGGACGAGGACGUCAGCACCAAGUACAACGAUCUGAUCCCUGCAGAGAGCAGCAGCCUGACCGAGAAACCCUCCGAAAUCUCUGACUCACAGGAGGCGCUGGUGUUUUCAUAUGGGACAGGUGGCCUACAUACACUUCCACUGCAUUUGGGCAGCGACAGCGAGUACGAGGUGGAUCCCAACCGGCAGAAGACCCACUCCUUCGUCAACCACUACAUCAGCGACCCGACCUACUACAACUCCUGGCGUCGCCAACAGAAGGGCAUAUCCCGGGCGCAGGCCUACAGCUACACGGAGUCCGAGUCGGGCGACCCGGAUCACUGCGCCCCGCCGCCGCUGCCUCCUCUACCUCCGCUGCCUCCCCAGCUCAGUUCACCCAGCCCCCAGCCUCAGCAGGCCCAGGGCCAGCCCCAGGGCCAGGGCAGCCUCUUUAGGCCCAAAGGUAGCCGGACUCCCACCCCUUCCCAGCAGAGCUCCAACCCCCCCAGCCAGCACAGCACCCUUUACAGGCCCCCGAGCAGUCUAGCCCCCGGCUCACGGGCUCCCAUCGCUGGCUUCUCCUCCUUUGUGUGA